GGCGGAUUGACGUAUGCGUUGCGAUAGAGUUGGGCGGGCGGCAAGCAAACGCAGUUCACAUCUUGAUACCGCUCUGAAAACUCGUUUCAAGUGUUCUCCAGCAAAGUUUGUGACUUACAAAAUGCCUGCCAGAAACAAGGAACAGGAGCAAGAGGUCCUAACCUGGAUCUCCGCCGUGAUUGGCGAACCCCUUCCAAAUGGAGCUUAUGAGGACAUUCUUAAAGAUGGAGUUAUCCUCUGCAAAUUGGCCAACAAAUUGUCACCAGGGUCAGUAAAGAAAAUCCAGGAGAAGGGCACCAACUUCCAGCUCAUGGAAAACAUUCAAAGAUUCCAGGCCGCGAUCAAAAAGUACGGUGUGCCAGAAGAAGAAAUUUUUCAAACAGCUGAUUUAUUUGAAAGGCGUAACAUUCCACAAGUAACAUUGUGUCUGUAUGCAUUGGGCAGAAUUACACAAAAGCACCCGGAAUGGACUGGUCCUCAAUUGGGUCCUAAAAUGGCGGAGAAAAAUGAACGUACAUUCACCGAGGAACAGCUUCGCGCUCACAAUGCUGAACUCAAUCUGCAGAUGGGGUUCAACAAGGGUGCCUCACAAGCCGGUCUCGGCUCCUUUGGCAACACCCGCCACAUGUAAUCUCUUGUCAACAAGUCACCAGAACUAUGUCGACGUUUUUAAAGAUCAGUAUUUUUGAGAAAUUCUAUUCAAUUUGUAUUUGUCUGUCAACGGCGAAAUGAAUGCUUCUAGUUUCUCUAUUAAUUUUAAUUUUGUUUUGCUUACGAACGUGUAUGUUUGUUAUCGCUUGUUUUGUUAUAAUGUGAAAAGUAGACUUCUUUAUAAAGGAAUUAGAUUUAUCUAACGAGUACCUUGACUAAGACUUUUUAUCUAAUUAUAUUUUGUAAAUAUUUUUUUUAAUAUUAAACAUAACAAACUUUUUUA